AUGUUGAUCGCAAACAUGGCCAUGUCCGACCUGCUCUAUCCAAUAUUCCUGUUCCCUGUUCGACUGACAGAGCGGUACGUUGGCUCGUGGUUUAUUGGUGGUACCCUUGGUCAGGCCUUGUGCAAGAUACACGUUUUUCUUGCUGAUAUUUCCAUGUUAGUGUCUAUUCAGAGCCUGUUCCUGAUAACAGUGGAUCGAUUUGGAGCUGUUGUAGUUCUGCUCCGUUCCCCACUCAUCCGUCGCAAGGUGUGUCCCUAUUUGAUUGUUGGUACAUGGAUACUCGCAGCAGCCUUUUUUUCGCCAUAUCUGUUUGCCUUCAAACUUGUCGAAUACCCAGAAGAAAUGUGGUGCGAGUUGCAGUGGGAGGAGGCCUUCGGAGAGAAAAGCUCACUUGCUAUUUACGGCCCAGCAGUAGUCACGGUGUGCUUUUGUAUCCCUCUUGUCCUCUUGGUGAUACUUUACUCCAUCAUCCUGAUCAAGCUUAAGCAACAAGCACACCCAGGUGAACAGUCAACAAAUAUCGAGAAACAGCGGACAAGAAGAGACAAAAAAGUGCUCAAGAUGGCCAUAGCUAUCGUUUUAGUGUUUUUCAUUUGUUUUAUACCUUUUGUCAUCGGUGUCGCAAUAUAUUUUUAUGCACCAGACUUCCGGUCUUCCUGUAUUUUUCAGGUAUACUAUAUUGUCUCCUUGUUUACGGGUUACGCAAACUGUGCUAUCAACCCGAUUAUCUGCCUCAUUCUUAGCAGCAACUAUCGCCACGCUCUUAAGAGACUUGUGAGCUGCUCCGAUGUAGUUCAAGAGUAACUGUUGAAAACUAAAAGCUAGGUCUGAGCAAGAGAGAAUGAGCUAAGAGAGCGAAUCCUUGUGCCCCAUGAUAAUUUUUUAAAUCUAUUUAAAAGUUCGCGCGCGUGCUGCGUAGGUUAUUUUUGUCUGUUGUUUCCGUGACCCGCGUGGUCUAAUUUCACGUUAAGUUGACAUGUUUCGCCGCCAAACAUUUGACCGUUUGACAGCCAUCAUAGUAGUUAGCGCCAGGAGCCGAUACUAAUCGGCUCCUGUUGUUGACGUGUUUUUGAUCAGCGUCUUCCGCUCAUAAUUUAGGAAUGAAUUUCAUUUACAAAGGGAUUGCAGUAUUGGAGUCAAAAUGUCACUUUGAGAUUAAAGAUUGAGAUUUUCUAACGGCUGGUAGCCAUUUAAAGUAGCGAAUGUUGAAUUCUGACACACGGUGAAAGCCAAAGGCAAAGGUUAUCACGCCCGAAACACGAAACCUUUAAUAGGUGGUUGGCUUCAAUUGUUUAAGCAAAUGUGCAAGGUAUUUUUCCUCUUUUUCCAGGAAUGUUUUUCUUUCAGAAACAGCUGUGCAUUUACUGUUCAGAGUUAUUCUUGAGAGUUUCAAACUGCAUUACUUCUUCUUAACGCCUAAUACUUGCAAUGAACAUUUCGCCCUGCGAACACAAAUCAGGUCACAUGCUUCAAGCUGUUAGACAAUCGCUAAUCUGGAUGCCAGAGACUUUUUAUGCGCGGUUUCCGGUUUCGGUCAAUUCUUUAUAGUGAGCGGUGUGCCCACACAUGUCUAGUGCCCUCUCAAAAUUCAAAUGUUUGGCGGCCAAACAUUCAUGUUUGUGGUCUGAAGCAGUGGAAUAGCAGACCAAUCGAACGGAUAUUACGGAUUAUUUCAUGUAUUCCUGUUGAGGUCAAGCCAAGUUAGAAUCGUCUUUUAUUUUUUAGUACCGAUUUAUUAGUAAUUAGAGACGUGUUAGUAAAAAGAGUUAAUAUCUAAUCUAUAAAUUAAAUGGUCUUGUAAAAUAGGGAGAAAAACUUAGUUGUUGAUUCUGCCGCAAAAUGACUCCUGACCAGCUCUCUUCGAUCCUAAGAAUAUUGAUUGCUAUGAUGACCCUCUUACUGGCAUUCUGAUUCUGACUUCUGCACGACCAGUGAAUGUCAAAUUUAUGCAACGCGGCAAAGACUUAGCGAACAAAAUUCCAUUUGUAGUUGACUUAGCUUUGCUCUAGCAAUAAUGACUUGUGUGUAUUAUUUUAACCCGACAAAUUUGACCACUUUGAUCACGUUAUUUUAUUUAAUUGACUUUUCUUUUAUUGGUAAUAAUUUAUAGAUUGCUCAAUAAUUUUGCCAAAGUUGUUAUUCCACCAACUGCAGGUCCGACUCAAUCGACAAUUUGUUAAACCGGCUAAACAAGCAUUUAGUUCAGUAUCUAACUAAGGCGAACCUGCGCUUUUGAGGACAGCUUCAUUGACUAAUGGAGUGCCCCGUUACCCAAAGUUUCAUGCCAGGUGAAUUCUGAUAGGGUAGACGAGUUUUUAGAGUUCCAAGAGAGUUUCAAGGGUGAAUUCUACAGUAGUUGACUCUAUUCAUUGGAAUGAAAUAAUAGCAAAAAGCAUAAUGUAAGAGCCACAAAAAUGCGGUAUAAACAGUGUAGGCCUUAAUUACCUUCUGUGAUCUAGAAUAUUGUAAACUUAUAAUAUUUAAAUGCGAAAAAAAGUAACCGUCUAACUCUGAUCUGAAACGCUCACUUGCAAAGGUCGACCAACAGACAACAUGAAAAGUAAGUUUACUAAUUGAAGUUAUUUUUCUCGGAGAGAAGAUCGAAAUAUGUGUGGACGGGGGCCUUUUAUUUGCAGCCAAAUUUACAUUGAGCUGAUUGUUGGAAGGUUGUUUUUUUUGGAGGCACGGCCUCCUUUAUCUUGAGUUGAAAACUUGUGGAACAAAUAAAAAGUAAAUUGUAACCUUUUCAAACGACAGGGAUUCAAACCCUCUUUGUAAAGUACAAAAUUCAUAUCUCUGCGCGCGUAGCAGUUCAUUGAUGUGUAUUCAGUACCAAUCCACAAUUAUAAUUUGGCCGAUCAGACACAUACGAUAGCUGCCGAUCGGGAAUACUUUUCUAGUCAUUUUACUUCAUCUUCGACAAUAACUAAGCAAUUCUGCCUGUCAAAUGCAUAGUAAGUUAUGCUGCUUACUGCUCACGUAAAAAUAAAACUUCAAAGACAAUACUCCUGGUUAGUGGCUUUUACCAAUUAUAAAGUCCACGCGACUGUCACGGGACUAAUCUCCCCAAAUUUAAAGAUAUAUGGAAAGUUAAUGAAGAUUCGAUGAUUAUCCGAUCAAUAGGCUUUUACGGUUCUAGAACACUCUUAAGGAAGAAAGAGUUAAUUAGAGAGAAGACAAACGGUCGGAGGUUAGCAAGAAGGAGGUCGCAACUGGGAAAGGUUUGGGGUUGCUAAGGAAACUGAGUUAGUCAGAGAUAGAGAGAGGAAGUGAACUACAGCAGCAGCGAAGGCUUAACCUUAAAGAUAAGUGAAAUGGAAGAGAAGUAAGAAUGGACAACCGCCCUGCGAGUAAGCAAAAUAAACUUUGAAAAUAAAACUGGUUGAUUGUGGAGUUCCUCUCGUCUCGCCGGCCCCAUCAAUAAACGACACACAAAGAUCGUGUAUCACGACUAACGAAAACGCGAAAGACUUCUUCGUAAAUGCUAAAAGCCGUGCCAGACCAGAAAGAAUCUCUACUCGCAGGAUAUUUUAAACCCAAAAUUUCCCACACAAAAGAUAAGCGCAUUGUAGCCCUUAUUUUAUUGUCUUACAAAUUUUCAAUAAGGUCGUAUAAAACAAUGGUGAACGAGAAUAUCAUCUUUUAAAAAAUCCAUUAAGUAGUUUCAAAAUUGUUUGCUCAAUUUUUGGUUAAUGUAUGAGCCAAAAUAUAAACUUAAAUUCGAACAACAGCAUCUCACUAAUGCUAAUGAAAUCCCUCUUUUUGAGAUCGUUUAAAACUAUCCCUUUGAUUCUUUCAGGUUUCAUUAGUUUUCAUUGUGACCCAUCUGGAACUCAAUUCAUUUUUCUAGCGGAGCGAGUUUAUAAUUUGUCGCGCGCGCAGCGCGCGGAUCACGCGAGGAUUGCAAGACAACUGCGAUUUCGCUUUGGUCAUAAAUCUUUCUGUCGGUUUGGUAUCCGCAGUUGCCUAGCAACAAGCCAUAAACAAAUUCUAAAGACGCCAUUAAACAUGACGUGAUCGUCCAUUUUGGGUUUCCAGGCAACACGGCCGGGAACUUGGGCUCAUUUUAUUCAUCCUCUGUUUAUUGUACGUUUGCGAAUCGCAAAGUAUUUCUGCGGCAAAUAACAGCGGGCUGCCAACACAACAGUGCCCAAUUGGACAAGUGGCCGGAAAUCUUUGCCGUGGGAGUCUUAACCCCAAAAGAACGGUGACCUGAACUUCAGCUAGCCUGCGAAAGCAUCCGCUUCUUCUCGCUCUUCGCCGCUGGGGAUGUUUCGCGAAACGUUGCCAGCGGCGAAGAGCAAGGAGAAACGGAUGCUUUCGCAGGCUAAACUUAUUAAUAAGCGAGAGCAAGGAUAAAGGAGACCAGUCCGUUAAUCGAGCGGCCUAUAUAAAGCCUGAGAGUGAAUAAACACGGAGAUUAUGCGAAAUGGUUUUGAAAUACUCGUUUUGAGCCACUCUUACUCAAAUGUAUCUUUGAAUUCAUGAUAAAUACAGCUCUACAAGGUUCGAACAGUGUGAAUGGCAGAGCAAAAUACUUCAACACUUUUAAUUUUGGUGUAGUGGUCGCAUGGCCCAGUGGUCAGAGGCCGCACUUUUUGGCUGAAGGAACUGUUGGGGUGCAGGUUCAAAUCCCCGGGUGGCUACUUCCGUUCUUUUUUUUCAUCGUAUUUUUACCUUUUGGCUUUCUCACUACUGACCAUGUUAGCUUCGCAAGAUUUUUGCGAAAACAUAUUUUUAGUUUAAUUAUAUUGACAAUAUAUAUUGCUAAAAGGUUUCAUAAAAGUAGGCGUCACUACAGACUAAAGCAACGUUUUUGAUGUCACAGUAUUAAACUCAGCGACGGUUGAGUGGUAUCAUUUUCAGUAACUUUUAAACAAAGCAGUAACUAAGUCGACUGUAGAAGGAGCAGAUGACUUGUCCAGGUGCCCAAUUCAAACGUAUGACUUAACAUGUUUAAUUAAACCAUGUUUUUAAACAUGAAAAACGGACGCGAAAAACAGGAACACAGGUUUUUAAUUACACAGGAUGCAGUAAUCAACCCGUUUUGUAAUUUGCAAUAAAGUUGCCAUCAUUAACCUAAAGUGCUUUUAUGUAGGCAAGAAAAUGAUUAUACCGUCUUUGACUAAACAAGUUUUAAUUUAUAUCUUUAAGCUUUGGUGUGAAUGGGGCAUAGGCCGAUCAGCUGGGUGAAAACUUUCGAAAAUAAAAUCGAUAAAACAGUUCAAUUCAGCUUUAUCUGCUAAGCAGUCUUUCCUUUAACUUUUUUUAUGAGAAAAAAAAAAAGAAGACAAAGAAACCUUACUUUAAACAAGGGUCUUUUACAAAUGCAUAGGAUAGCUGUAUAGAAAGUUGGCAGUUUAUACAACUGACUUUAUACCAUUUGCGUCAUUAACAAAUAUAGGCGAAAGUUAAAUGUUUAUUUAACAAUUACUCAUGCGUCAGCGUGAGUUUGUCAAGAUAUCAGGCAAGCGGGAAAUUUGGGGGCGUGAGAGUUGCUCUAGUCGAAGACGGAAUGGUAAGGUUGUAUCGUUAUAUCAAGUUAAGCACUAGUUAACAGAAUUGACUUUACACCGUCUGCGCUAAUAACAGAGGCAGAAGUCAGUGAAAGUUAGCUUAGGAAGGAAGUGAAAGUUAACUCAGGGAAAAAUAAUUUUUCAAAUGUUUUUAGUAAAUUAGCUACGAACAGGUGUGCCACCAUAACUGAUGUUAAUGACUAUGCAGAUCAUACCUAUUCGUGGCGCUUUUCUGGAAACGAGUAUUCCUCAAUUGGUCCGAUGGCGUUUACGCAAAUGCAAAAGUUUUGAAGAUAUAGACAAUGUGGCACUAGUGUGAAAGUCUCUAAUGUCUCUUAAUUCGGUUUAUUCAUAUUUUGUUGGGAAAGAAUCGAUCAUUGAUAUUUUAUGGGUGUUAUUAAUAAAAUAAUCAUUCCACUCCCGCUUUCUGGAUAUGGAAUUAUUUUAGGGCCAAAGAGGCACGUUGCUUCAUCCUCUUAUAAUUACCUCUUUAUCUUUGUUGAAGUAGGCAAAAAUAUUUCCUAACAGUGAAUACUAAUCAAAGACCUCUUUCUUGCUGCAGGCUAAAACCAUCUCUUUGAUUCUUUCAGGUCCCAGUGGUUCUCAUUUGAUCCAUCUGGAACUUUUUUUUUUAAAUUGCACAUAAAUUGAUAAUACUCCUCAAAGGUUCCAUUGAAAGUCGGCGUCGGCGUAGAUGUGCACCAGCAUAAAAGUUGGUAGCCAGUCAGAUCAUACUUAUUCGUGACGCUUUUCUAGAAUGAGUAUUCAUCAAUUGGUUUGUUAGCCUGGGACCAGGCUCCGCUCGCAGAUUUUUCUCUUUCGCCCUUUCCCCACUGCGGAGCCUGGUCGCAGGCUAUUGGUCCGUUGGCGUUGAAACAAAUGAAAAAGUUUCAUUGAUAUAGACAUGUGGCACUAGUGUAAAAGUCUCUAAUAUCUCUUUCGGUUUAUUUAAAAAAAAACAUUUUCGGAAAGGAUCGAUCAAUGAUAUUUUAUGGCCGUUUUUAAUAAAACAAUUAUUCUACCCGCACUUGCUGAAUAUGAGAUGUUUAUGGCUAGCGCGGCACAUAGGCCCGUAUUCAACGCGAGCAGUUUUGGAAUAAUUGUUUAUCAUUGUGCGUAGCGUACAGUUAAAUACAACAUCGAAUGGAUUUCUAUUGAAAGCAUCAUGAUUGUCACUCCCUUUUUCAAUAUUUGUACCUUCUUUAUUUCAGAUACCAUCUGAGUGAGUUUAAAGGUGAUAUGUCAUGAGAAUACUGCUGUUGGGUCUGUGCUUAUUAAUGAAAUAAGUGAUAUAGAAAAUAACCUGACAUAGCCCAGUUAGCACCAAAGAGGAGCAGGUGGGCCCUCUGAUAGAAUAGUAUACAAUGGAACCUCGAUAUAACGAGCCUCUCUGUAACGAAGCCCUCGUUAUAACGAACGACUUUCUUCACACCCUAAUAGUAAAAUAUACCAAAAAAAACAACAACGACAAAAAAAAUGGAUGUACCGAAGCCUCGGUGUAGCCAACAAACUUUGCCAGUCUCUUGGCCUGUCUAUAUUUUAUCGACGACCCAGCCGGAAAAUAACGUAUAUCUAUGAUGACCUUAUUAUUCGCAUACUGAUUCUAAGUUCUACAAGAACUGAGUGAAUGCCAAAUUUAUGCACAGGGUCCAGAGGAGAUGUGUUUGUCGUUAGAACAUCAAAAGCAGUCGAAAACCUCUGAAAAAAUGAGUUAUUUUGAUCGCGUUACAGUUUCGUUACACAUUCUAUAGACCGCAAACCAAGAGACUGAGGGCUCGCAAGAUCAGCUUACAGUAUAAAAUACAGAAAGGGAGGAAAUAAAUUUGGGGCCGAUUUUCGAAUCCCUGAAACUCAAAAGGAAUUGAAUGAAAUCGCCUGGUUUUUCUAACCUGAUCUAGAAUUCUUAUGUAUUUACCAAAUACUGUAGGAAAACGGUAUAAAAAAGCGUUCAAAUUCAUUUUCGGCGAUCGAAAUUUACGGCUUCGAGAUAGCUCUUUCGUUCGCUGUGCAUCGCAACAGAUGGUGACGGAAAUGACGUAGUAAAGUAAAUGUGCUCAAGAUCGGAGCAAUAAAAGGGGAUGGAAAGCCUACGCGACUUUUACCUCAUGCCAAAAUGCUGCACGUUCCAAUAAAGUUUUUUUCCUCUGCUGGGUAGAUCAUGCUCCGGAAGGUUCUACAUAGUCAUUUUCACUGAGCAAAUGUGACUUGCAUGUUUCACACUGAGAGGUCAUGACACACAUAUCGAUUUACUGUGGUCAUUGUUUCUGGUCGGCAGGAUUUCCCCUCUGAUGUAAGCGCAUUUUCUUUGACCUCUUUCGAAGCGUGAAGCUUUUUAUUACGGCUGAAUAAGGGUUCCAAUUUUCUCCAAAGUGCCUUCUGGAUCUAAAUAACUAAGCGAUUUUCUUUAGUCCGUGAAGGUAUUGUUUUUCUGCAAUGCCGUAUCAGGCUGGGCCCAGCUUGUUAGUUUUGUUUGGAGAAUGUUAAAUUAUUACGGGUAGUGAGUCACAGGUCGUGUGUAAUCUUGCAGUAAAACGUGACACUGAGUAGAGCGGACGUACAAGGCAACUGUAAUAUCAUCACGACUGCGCCAUUCUUCGGUGGUCCCAACAGUGUUACCUCUUGCGUCUUUGGCUGUGCGUUUUGCGACUACUGGGAAGCCUUUGCACAAGCGAAACCUGCUUAAGACAUCGAAGACUGUUGACAUGUACAACAAAUGUCCAGUCUUGAAAUAUCUUCACUUCAAUUAAAACUCUGUUGCCUUCGCAUAGAUCUCUGAGAUCUCUAAAACUCCCUCCGCAGCUGAUGUUUUGAUUCUCGAGUUGCUACUGCGUUUCCGGUCUCAUUCACUUCCAUCACCGAGUGAUGCGGUUCACAUCUAACGAAGUCACGUGGUACAAGUUUCCUCCCUUGUCCGUUUUUUUACUCGGCACUUCGUGCCUCGGUCGCCCUUCGGGCGACAGCCUUCGGGAGAUGUUCCGUGCGCCAGCGAGGAUAUGGCUUGCGGUUAUUGGUUUUCAAAAUGGCGAACAACAGAGUCGAUCUGGUCAGAUAAAAAGCGAAGAAAUCGUUUACAGUGGAUUCAUUAAGAUCCCAUUGGGCUAAUUAAUCGUGCUAAGCGACAGGUAUAGAAUUUUUCAAGCUGAGACUUUAAAUAAGUAAUUCAUUUAUUCUCACGAAACUCCUCUGGACCCUGUGAUUUAUGCAACACUUCAAAGAUUUAGCAAACAAAAUGCCAUUUGUAGUUGAUUCAACUUUGCUCUAGUAAUCAUGACUUGUGUGUGUAUGUUUUAUCCCGGCAAAUUUGACCUCUUUGAUCACGGUAUUUUAUUUGUCUUCUCUGUUAUUGGUAAUAUUCCAUUGUUUGCUCAAUAAUUGUGUUUAAGCAAGAGACUAUAAAGGGGACAGAGAGGGCAUCCCCCAUAUACACCCUACUCCAUAGGUAAUUCGUCUCGAGUUAUUUUUAGAAUCGGGAUAAAGUUACCUCGCGCGAGGCGUGGAUGUUUCGUGGAGGUUUCGCAUGACCAAACGCCGUGCAAAACAUGUCGCGCGAGAGGCAAUGAAAGCGUAAAAAGAUCGAGCGCAUUCCUGAAUAUUGAAGCGAAACGAGUCGGCGCUCACCUGGGAAAAAGGAAUCGCUGGACUCUUUGACAACCCGUGAAAUCAGUUUAACUCGAAGUUGUCGUAACCUCAGUGCUUUAAUAAAAUGAGAAAUUUCGCCGGUCUAUUGAAACCGGUCGUUUGUUUAAGAUCCAACGACGCGGACGACAACUAGAACGUCAAAAAAACAAUAGGUUUAAUUAGCAAAACAACAACUUCGCACGUGCAACACACUUUUUUGUUCAUUUCUUUCCCGUCUUUGCACGACUACGACGCGAAAAUGCCUAAUUUCGCGUUUUAUGGAGAACGUAAAUAAACAGCGACGAAAUUUUAUUUCUCUUUCUGAGCUUGAAUAUGGUCCCUUGAAAUUCAGCUUUAGGAGGGUUCGCCUACAAUUGACAAAGUAAGUGGGUAGGAAUAAUCGCUAUAAAGACUGAAAAAAAUAAACAUCAAACCAGAAAUUGCUCUCUUCAAACUGUAAAUUAUAAAUGAUCCUGAGAGAAUUUUCAGUGUGUUAAGGAUUUCCCUGCUCUACUGUUAGCUCUAUACAAGAGAGGAAGGGCGAUUCUUUUUUAAUUUCGGUUUCGCUGACACAGCUUUCGCAGAAAUCUCGCUGUAGUCGUUUUCGUCGACAAAAGGAAUAGCAAAAUCGCUCUCCGCGUCUUCCCCCAUUUUGUUCUGCGUCAUUUCGUGAAGGACGCGUGGCUCUCAGCGUGGGUCAUCCACGCGGAACACAUUCGCGCUAUAUAUGUGAUUGGCUGUUGUCUAAUCCCCCUUGAGAUCUGUGAUGUUAAGUAAUGAUCCAGGUAAGAAGGAAAGCAAUUUCUAUUGUUGUGGCGCAAUACGCUUUCCUCACAUAGAAAUGUUUUCAUUUUUACGCAGAGAAAGCAUAAAUCUACAAAAAGGCUGUUUACGAAAGAAAAUUUAUUUAAACUCCACUUUUAAAGGGUGUAUUUUUGUGUUAAAACAUUUCGACCAAUCACAAGAGUUGCAAACAAUGGCCAAGAAAUGUUCACAAUUUUACAUGAUCCGCACAUACAAUUUCUGUGUUACUUAGACUCAGACGAGAUUUUGUUUUAAGGAAGUUGGAUAGAAAAAAAGGGAUUAAUAUACAUGCUGCAUUGCGAAGAUUUCGUAAAAUUUGAUGUUUAAACCAAUCAGAACCUUAGUAGACACAAUAGUAAAGUUAGCACCUUUUUUGCAUUCCGACGUGUUCACUGCGUUUUGGUCCUUUCCGUCUUAUCGGGACCAUUACUUAAAAAUAACUCGAGACGAAUCACCUAUGGAAUAGGGUGCAUAUGGGGGAUGCCGUCUCUGUCCCCUUUAUAGUCUCUUGGUUAAAGUUGUUGUUCCACCAACUGCUAAGAUCCGACUGAAUCGACAAUUUGUUAAGCUAAACAGGAAUUUAGUUAUCUAACCGAAAAAGAGCGAAGCCGUGCUUUUGAGAUUAGCUGCAACAGCUAAUGGUGUUCCGUUACCCAAAUUUCAUGUGAAUUGCGAUAGGGUCGACGAGUUUUAAGAGUUCUAAAAGGAGUUGAUUGCAAGGAUGAAUUCAUCUGUGAAUGACUGUAUUAAUUGAAAUGAAGUGGUAGCAGAAGCAUAAUGUAAGAGCUGGCACAAGAAUGCGGUAUAAACAGUGUAGACCUUACCUUUGGUGAUCUCAAAUAAUGUAAACCGAACGUAAAUUAGUAAAUAAAUAAAUGCGAAUAUAUAGGAAUUGUCUAAGGCCCCGUCCACACGAAGACGAUUGUAAACGCAAACGCUAGUAAACGCAAACUUUUUAUGCGUUUAGGCCUUCCGUCCACACGAAGACGAUGAAAACGCUCACCGUAAACGCAUAAAUUCGAAAACGCUCUCCAAAGUGGAUAAAUUUAAAAACGCCGUUUAUGCGUCUUCGUGUGGACGGCCGUAAACGUAUAUUUUCGUAAACGCUGUGAAAACGCUGACGUCAGAUGUCAGCGCUAGUCUCUUUUAUCUUUUAUAUGACCUUAGUGAUCUCUUCUUUCUUGUGUGGGUAUCCUUUUUUAAUUUCUGAAGACUCUUCUUGAGAUGAUGGCUAGUGUUCCCGAUAUAAUUCAAGAAUGUCAGUUUACUUUGACUGGCACGACUCCCAGUCGAUAUUUUUCGCCGCUUUCGACACCUUGUAGUCACUUGUAACUUCUAAAAGCAGCUGUACUUCACCGUCAGUUUAAACAAAGUUGUCUGCCUUAGUUUUAUCACUUUUUUCUUUCGGUUUCUUGCCAGCAGACUCCGACAUUUUUCUUCUCUCUCGACCACAACAAACGCACGUGGUGGCUUGAGAACAUGGACGCUAACACUUGAUAACAAGGCGCUGAAGCAAAGAUUGCAGGCUCAAAUCGAUAGCGCAUGCGCGUUCGGUCUAUGACAUCGUUUUAUGCGUUUACGAGCGUUUUCGUGUGGACGGGUUAAAACGCUACGUAAACGAUGAUCGUUUUCGUGUGGACGGAGAUAAAAAUAUGCGUUUACUAUCGUUUGCGUUUACUAUCGUCUUCGUGUGGACCUGGCCUAACUAUGAAACGCCAAUUUGCAAAGGUCGAAAAACAGACAAUGUAGUUCAUGAAUAUAAUUUUUCUCUUUUUUUUUUUUAGAAUUCAUUUUUUUAAAAUUGUUUUUUGCAUUUAUUAUAUUGACAAUAUUCCUCAAAGGUUUCAUCAAAAGUGGGCGUCAUAAGACACCAAAGUGUUGUUUGACGUUUUCUCCCAUCAAUCUCGAGGAAAUGAAAGUCUUGUCAUUUUCACGCACGGUUAAUCAGUUAAUUAUGAGAGUUUACAAGCCUAAAGUUGAAUACAAAUUAGCUCUACAUGCAGGAAAAACCUCAAGGGAGCAACCUUGACGUAUUAUUAUAAAACAAAUAACUUAACUCAGAAAGCACCCCUUUAAUGUAACACCUGAAUUAACACAAGCGGCUAUCUCUCAAAAACAUGACAAAGAAAGUCUCACUCCUCCACCACCCUUAAAUCCUGCUUUCCUGACCCCUCCUCCCACAGUAGAAACCCCAUCACAACAAGGCCCGAAGCGCAAAAGGCGUCGGAUUCAAUUUCUAAAUUAUUUGGAUGAUGGCAAACAGCUGAAGAAACGUCGGCAUAAGAAAUUCAAACCUUACAAGUACUCCAUGAACGAAGAUGAAGAUUAAUUAAUUUCCAUUCCUAUGUAUUUGACUCUUUUUGUCAUUGUUUUUUAAUAAAGUUGUUUAAAACGGUAUCUCUCUUGUCUUUUUAUUGCUAGCAAUUAUGAGUCGCGUGUUUUCAUUGAUCCUUGUUAAGUUAUUUGUUUUAUAAUAAUACGUCAAGGUUGCUCCCUUGAGGUUUUUCCUGCAUGUAGAGCUAAUUUGUAUUCAACUUUGGGCUUGUAAACUCGCAUUAUUAACUGAUUAACCGUGCGUGAAAAUGACAAGACUUUCAUUUCCUCGAGAUUAUUGAUGGGAGAAAACGUCAGAAAAACUUAGAGAGUGUUCAGCUCCAAUUUGUGUAUGUUUUGUUUAUAUAUAUAUCCGAGUUUUAGUGCUAAAUAAGAAGACGUAAACUAAAUUGAAAUAAAGACUUUUCAACUCCCUUUGUGUUUAUGUAUAUCUGAGUUUUAGCGCUAAAUAAGAUAUAGGAAGCCGUUUCUCGCGUUGCUAGGUGAUCAAUUCUCUUAUUCCUAUUUUUCUUUUAAUAGACGGUCCGAAAACCGGGCUCAAGUUACUUACUGGGCAAGUCUAGGCAAGCCUACUGUUCCUAUUGAAGUAGAGUGACGCUAAUUAGUAAACCUAUACCGAAUUAGUAUGCAGGAAGACACUGACUAGGUACUUAAAUUAAUAUGGAGGAACCCAUUUUUUCCCUAGGUUAUCACAAUAGAUGACGUCAUUGACUCGACCGUUAUGCAUAUUAAUAAAGGGAACCCACUUUUUGCGAGGGAACCCACCAACGAGGCUUAUCUUUUAACAUAGUAUACUACUCACCAAAGCAACGUUUAUGUCGCAAUAUUAAACUCAGGGACAGUUGAGUGGUAUCUUUGUCAGUAACUUUAGUUUUAAAACUAACACGCACACACAAAAACAAAAUUGCCGCCGAUAACGAGGUCCUCUGUAGAAGGAGUAGAUGACUUGUCUAGGUGCCCCAUGGUGCCCUAGUCAAACUAACUAAACAUGUUUAAUUAAACCAUGUUUUAAAAAUGAAAACGGACUCGAAAAACAGGAACACACAGGUUUUUUUACACAGGAUGCGUUUACAAAAUUCAACGCGUUUUUGUAAUUUGCAAUAAAGGUGUCAUCAACAUAAGGUGCUCUUAUGAAGGAAAGAAAUUAUGCCGUGUUUGGCUAAACUGCCUUUAAACAUAGACCGAUCAAUAUAGAGAACUUUGAAAAUAAAAUCGAUAAAACAAAGCAAUUAAUGGUCUAUAAAGUUUAGCUUUAUCUGGUAAGCUGUCUUUCCCUUAACUUUUUUUUUUUGAAAAACAAAGGUUGGUUUUCAUUUGGGGUCUUAAAAAAUGUAUUUCUUUUUAAUUUGGUGGACCUCACUUUGAACAAGCGUCUUUUACAAAUGCAUAGGAUAGGAGGUAAUUAGCGCGUUUUCAAACGGGAAGACGAAGUUGUAUCGUUAUAGAAAGUUGGCAGUCAAUACAAAUUUGACUUUAUACCAUUUGCGUCAGCGACAAACAGAGGCGAAAGUUUAAUGUUUACUUUUAACAUAAUUAGUUCAUUCGUCAGCGUGCGUAUGUCAAGAUAUCAAACAAACGGGAAGUUUGGAGCGUGAGAGUUGCUCUAGUCGCAGAUGGAAGGCAAAGUUGUAUCGUUAUAUCAAGUUAAGCACUCGUUAAUAUACAGAAUUGACUUUACACCGUCUGCGCCAAUAAUAGAGGCAAAAGUCGGUGAAAGAUAGCUUAGGGAGAAAGUGGAAAUUAGCUCAGGGAAAAAUAAUUUUUAAAUAUUUACGAACAGGUGUGCCACCAUUAAUGUCAAUGGUAAUGCAGGUCAUAGUUACCCCUUGCGUUUUUAAUUUAUAGAAAUGAAUAUUCGUCAAUUGGUCCGUUGGCGUUGACGCAAAUGCUAAAGUUUAAUCGAUAUAGACAUGCCGCGAGUGUGAAAGUCUGUAAAGUCUCUCUCCGAUUGUUUUAUUCAUAUUUAUUAUUCUUAUUUUAUUCGGAAAGAAUCAAUUAUUGAUAUUCUAUGGCAUCAUUCCACCCCCGCUUACGGGCGUAUGAGAUAUAAUAUGGCCAACGAGGUACGUUAGGCCUGCACGUAUCCGGCCAACGCGAGUUCUCGUGGAAUAACUGUCGAUUAUUGUGUGUUCAGUUCAAUGCAACAUCAAAUGAAUUUUUCUAUCAAUUGAUAGCAUCAUUAUUGUCACGGCUUCCUUCUGCAAUAAUAUCUGUACCUUCUUUAUUUUAGGUACCAGCUUAGAGAGUUUAAGUGGGCUAUGUCAGGAGGAUGUUGCUAUACUAGGUAAAAAAAAAAAAAAGUGAUAUUGCCCCUUUAAAACCAGUACUGAGAGGGCACGCUACAGGAGUCCUCUAACAGAACAAUCGUAGGCGAAGUAGUUGAAAAUGAAUAAGACGAGACCGAAGAUGUUUAUCAUUGUAUUGAACCAUUUUAUCGAUAAGAAACAAAAAUAAUCUAUAAUAUUUCAGCACUAUGAAGGGGAGGGGGGGAGGCAGGGGGAGGCAGGGAGGGUCAAAGUUAUUUAAUAUUUAAUGAGAGCUUAUUUAGCAUUUUUAAUAUGGGACCAUUAAUUGACUUUAGAUUGACAAUUCAAUCGGAGAAACUAUAAUAAUUUGUCUCAGUUUGCUGUCAUCUUCUUACAAUUAAAAUAUAAUGGCACCUAAAUGUUGUCAAUGGUAGAAUUAUAUAUAGAUCAAAAUGAAAGAACAGACGAUGUUUUUGUAAGUAAGAGACUCAAGAGAACAGACCUGUCGAAGAAUCAGUAAGCAUGGACAUAACAGCAAAUGGAAGCUGCUUCAGUUUGAUAAAUCCAGAAACACUAAAAAUUGGGCAAACGGUUGCUCUGAGCCUGAUACUUGUUGUUUCGUUGGUUGGGAAUUCUCUCAUCGUAUUAAUUGUUUACAAAACACCAACUUUGAGAAAACCGAUAAAUAUGUUGAUCGCAAAUAUGGCCAUGUCUGACCUGCUCUAUCCAAUAUUCUUUGUUCCUGCUCGUCUGGCAGAAUGGCACGCUGGCUCGUGGCUUAUUGGUGGUACCCUUGGUCAGGCCUUGUGCAAGAUACACAUUUUUCUUGUUGAUGUUUCCUCGUUAGUGUCGAUUCAGAGCCUUGUUCUGAUAACAGUGGAUCGAUUUGUAGCUGUUGUAGUUCCACUCCGUUCCCCUCUCGUAAGUAGAAAGCGGUGUCUAUUCUUCAUUGUCGCUACGUGGAUCGUCGCAAUGGCCUUUCAUUCGCCAUAUCUUGUUGCUUAUAAACUUGGUAAAUACCCAGAACGACUGAUGUGCAAAGGUCUGUGGCAGGAAGCCUUCGGAGGAAACAUAUAUCCAAAUUACAUCUUAGCAGGUGCUAUCGUGUUUUUCUACAUUCCCUUUGUCCUCUUGGUGAUACUGUACUCCGACAUCCUGAUCAAGCUUAAAAACCAAGUCCAUCCAGGUGAGCAGUCAGCCAACGCUGAGCAACAUAGGACAAGAAGAAACAGAAACGUGCUUAAGAUGGCUAUUACUAUCGUGGUAGUGUUUUUCAUUUGCUGGAUACCCUUAAUCAGCAACGCGAUAAUAGACAAUUUCAGUGCACCAGACAGUCUCAUUUUUUCUUCUUGUAGUUUUCAUAUAUACCGUACUGUCACCUUCUUUAUGGCUUUCGCAAACUGUGCUAUUAACCCGAUUAUCUGCCUCACUCUUAACAGUAACUAUCGCCAAGCUUUUAAGAGACUUGUGAGUUGCUGUGCCGCCCGGAUGCAGUGGAAUAUUAAUGUUUGAAGACUGAAAGCCUGGUCUGAAGGGAUUCAUUAAAAAAAAGAAGACCAAUAACUACUAACUGUUAUGUAAAAUAACAGCGAAAUCACGAAAGAAAUGCAUGUGAAUCAUUUUUUCGGCUGCAACGUAAUCUGGAGCACGCCCUAACCCUAACUCUAGGAAGGGUGGAAAAUGUUAUUGUAUGAACGCAUUUGCAACGUAUAAUUUUGCCGAAAAACGCCGAUCGAAGCCAGUAGAGCCGUUUUAUUAUUCUGUUCACUGAAACAGCUUCUGGAUGGUUUGCUGCAGAACCGGCAAGACAUCUAAAGAAAACGGUAUUAUAUUAGCAGAUCGACAAGGGAACCUUGAAACCUAAGUAAAAGAGCGCAGGUAGACAGAUUUUUACCACGGGACUUAAGCAGAGGUGAAAGAAGAGGCCAGUUAGCCACGGUCGUCCUACAUUGUAAAGACAACUGAUGUGUCUAAACUAAAGUGCCAUAGAGUAUACUCAGCUGAACCGUUUAGAAAAAAAAUCGACAGUUGCCUGUGGAAGUUAGUCGAUAACAACAAAGGAAUUCUUUCAACACAGAGAGGCAUACUAAAGCGUUCAGCCUACCCUUAGUUGUCAUCACUAGAAUCACCCCGAGCACCUGCCCAGUCACGUGCACCGGUGCCAUGUUACAAAUAUGGCGUGAACAUUUUUCUUUCUUUUUGCGAAUGAUAACUAGGGGAUGUUGGAAGAAUGGACAGCGUGACUGUCACACUGUGAAAGUAAACUUUGUUCCUUUUGAUCUAGUUGUUUAGUGAUAAGUUGUAUUAUGCUCCUAUUAAUGUUAAUCCCGUGGGGGGUGGGGGGGGGGGAGUGCGGGCAAGGGGCGGGGAUUUGAUGCCUGAGACUAUUCCCCCUGUCGGACUUUUGAUCGUGCGAAGCGACCCCGAGGUCGGGACAUUUGACUUUGACCGACAGAAGCCUGGUAUCAAUUCAGAAGCGGUUACCAGGUCCGUCCCUCAAAGCUUUCUGAAGGUCACGCUGUUGGAGAAAGGUGUGAAGUUUUCAUAUGUUUUAAUCGCCAUAAUCCGAUACUUUAAACUAUCAUCUAAACAGAUAAUGUCUAUUUUGAGAAAGUUUUUAUCUUCAAGUUCCCAUCUGAUUGUAAAACUCGAUUGAAAUCGAAUUCCACCAUGAAAGUCAGAGGAUUUUUUACGGGUCACUGAUCCGACCUGCUCCGACAUGUUGAGCAGAUGUUAUAAAGCAUUUUACGUUUUAUUAAUAUUAUAAUAGCACGGUCAAUCUUCUGGAGUGAUUUUGUUGUUCAAAAUAAGAGAUGCUAGUGGAGAGAGAAAAUACUUAAUUACAGCGAGUAACUUAACGGAGCUUACGUUAACCUUAAAUAAAAGUAGUAAGAACGUACUUUUGAAAUGUUCUUUUAUUCGUUUUAUAUAGUAUUAUACUAUUGUUUGUUUAGAUUUUUCCCCUUGGGGUGGGGGCUAUUU